AUGGCUGCGCAGACGUCUACCACGAAGAAGUUCGGCAAAGGCGAGCGAUCGGUGACCAACAAGGACCAGAAGGCGUCCAAGUGGUAUCCUACACACGCCGACUCGGACAUCAAGAAGACUCGCAAAUCAAUCCGUCCCACAAAGUACCGGGAGUCGCUACAGCCAGGCAGAGUCCUCAUCCUCGUUGCUGGCCGCUUCCGUGGCAAGCGUGUCGUCCUCCUCAAGCAACUCACACAAGGCACUCUCCUGGUCACCGGUCCCUUCAAGUUGAACGGUGUCCCAUUACGACGAGUAAAUGCCCGCUACGUAAUUGCCACAAGUACCCAAGUCGACAUCAAGGGUGUCGAUUCCAAGGCAUUGGAUAAGGUCUCUGGUGACUCAUACUUUUCACGGGAGAAGAGCAGCAAGAAACAGAAGGGUGAAGAUGCUUUCAUGAAGCAGGGCGAGAAGCCAGAGAAGAAGCAGCCCACCUCAGAACGAGCCCAAGAUCAGAAGUCGAUCGAUAAGCCACUUCUGUCCGCCAUCAAGAAGGAGGAACACCUUACCAGCUACCUUUCAUCAAGCUUCUCUCUCCGCUCUGGCCAGAAGCCCCACGAGAUGAAGUUCUAG